GGCAAGCUGUAGUCGUGAGAAAUUAUGAUCAGCCUUUGUAGCGCGUCUAUCAUCAUACUGGUCGCGCCUGACGGCGAGCUAGAAUUCGAGGGCAGUGAAUGUUGCGGCAAUGGCGAGCCAGUAUCACUCAGAAAGCUGUAAAGGAUCCACGGAUACAACGGAGACAGGUUCAAUUUCGGGAAAAUAACUCCCUGCUGAUCUCAAACCUUGCAUCAGUCGUUCUACAUAGAAAUUCUCCCUGGAACUGCAGAUCACAUCGCCCCAACAGGUCGUCGUGGCAGUUCGAUGCUACUGGGUAUACCAGUCAUACUCAUACAACACUCUCUGUCAAGUCUGAGCCCACGCUCUCUGAUGCGCAGCGUAGAACUAUAUACGCGCUCUCCACUCCACCUGGGAAAGCAGGUAUAGCUGUCAUUCGGGUUUCUGGACCCAAUGCGCUUGACGUCUGGCGACGAGUGACGCGCAAAAAAAAGUCCGAAGACAUACCGACACCAUGGAUGCUCCAGCGCAGACACGUCGUCGACCCAGAGACCGAAGAGAGACUCGAUGACAGCUUGACUGUCUUCUUCAAGGGUCCAAAAUCAUUUACCACGGAAGAUACUCUUGAGCUUCAUAUCCACUCUGGGCGCGCAGUGCUCUCUGCAGUGUUACGUGCACUUGCUAAACUACCAUAUUGUCGGCCCGCUGUCCCAGGCGAGUUUACGAGACGUGCCUUCGAGGGUGGCCGACUUGAUCUCACCCAAGUCGAGGGGCUGCGGGACUUGAUAGAUGCUGAAACAGAAGCUCAAAGAAGGGUUGCUGUCAGCGGAGCUGAGGGGACUGCGAGAGCGCAAUAUGUUGCACUGAGGUCACAGAUCCUGGAAUGUCUAGUUUUUGUCGAAGGUUUUAUUGAUUUUGGCGAGGACGUGGAUGAUCUUGGUCAGGAAGCGAUGAUUAGAGAAGCUCAUGAUCGUGCAUUGAAUAUCAUCAAUUGCAUUCGAUCUCACUUGGAUGACAACCGCCGUGGGGAGAUUCUGCGUUCUGGAAUAAAACUUGCGAUAUUUGGACCUCCGAAUGCUGGCAAGAGUAGCUUAUUCAAUUUUCUUGCUCAGCGUGAUGCGGCCAUUACAUCACCCAUUCCAGGAACUACGCGAGACGUGCUAACGCUCACUUUAGACAUUGGAGGUUUUCCAGUUGUACUGAGUGACACCGCUGGCCUGCGAGAAACUUUGGACACUGUAGAGCAAGUAGGGGUGGGUCGUGCAGGCAAUGCUGUCAAGGAGGCUGAUGUGUCUCUCUGUGUUCUAUCUCUUCCUGAUGUUUUAUCCUCUCCGGACAAUGCUCUGAUUCGAGUCCCGGAUGAGGUUAAGAGCCACCUGAAACCAGAUACCCUUUUCUUGUUGAACAAGUCCGAUACUAUCGCGAACCUUCCUGCCAACCAGUCUCUCACUUUUAUGGAGUAUAACGAUGACUGUCAUAACGGCAAACGAACCCAGUUCUGGACAGCGAGUCUUCGCACAUCCGAGGGUACCCAAUCGUUUCUAGAUGGUCUCGCACAGGUUUUACGAUCAAGAUACAGCGAUGGUUUCGAUUACACAAGUCCACUCAUCACACAUGCUCGUCAUAGAGAUUUUCUUGAGCAAGCUGUCAUGCACUUGGAAGAGUUCAUCGCCUUCUCUCCUUCGGAAGUAGACAUCGCCGCGGAGUCCCUACGUUAUGCAGCCCGUGCGAUUGGUUCUGUUUCUGGACUGGAUGUCGGCGUUGAAGAAGUCUUGGGAGGAAUAUUCAGUUCGUUUUGUGUUGGCAAAUGACCGCUGAUUUUAUGUGAUUUUACUGUCAAUGCAUGAUGUUCUGCGACUCGUAGACGUUCUUCU